UAGCCUUAAGACCUAGUCUUGCUAAGCCUCACUUCACUCCCAAUUCCGUCACUUCGUAUAACGAUGUCAACCCCUACGACUACACCCUCGGCUACUGCCUUGAGAAUAAAACUAUUCUCAUGAAAAUGCUGAAAAACAUCUCUGACUUUAUCAAAACCAAGUCAGCAGACUGCCUACUCCUAAAAGACGUUCUCAAAAAUAGCAAAAGCUCUCUCAUCCAGACGCACUUUUUGACCGUCCCCUCCCUUCCCACACGGCACAAACUUCCCCUUGGUAAAGAGCUUGAUAAAGCAAUGUACACAAGCGAUUCCGACUUCGCUAAAACGAUCGGCUUCAUGCCUCACGAACGAGUAGACCUUACAUCCCCUAACGCCCAAAUACACCACACAAACGUUGCCUCUGACCUCCAGCUCACCACCGGAGUCGAGUAUAACCCUGACGAAGAAGUAUUCCCACUUCUAAGUUUUGACCCCGAAGUUAAUGUAACCCCUAACGUUGCUUGGUUUCAGCCAUACAACCCUAUUCCAAAGUACAUUAAACUUUGUUGCGCCCUAGGAUUCCAGAUUGAAUCUUAUGAUAUAGUAGGUUUCACCCUACCUAUGCCUAACAUUCACACCUCCCUAACAAGCAACAACAACAACUAUAGACCCGGACUAAUUCCCUUCAAUUAUAUCCAAUAUGUAGAAGGCUUUAUUGGCGAAAGACCUGAAAUUUGCGAAAUUGCAUCUUAUGACGAAUACGACCAACCUAUUGAUUUCGCUUUCCGAGACAUGUCUCGCGUCAUUAUUCCAAUUUUUGCUCUCAAUAACUCAAGUUCUUCUUCCACACAGACCUACGGACUAAACCCCACUCCAAACUGUAAUUAUGACUUAACGUCAUGGACUUACACAGCCUGGUGUAAGAAUUCACACCCUUCCAUCGAGAAGUCCAUAUAUUUAUGGUCUUCCUAUCGCGUAGUAGACCGUUCUACACGGCCCAACUACUCUGUAUCCUUUUAUGGAUCAUUAAGACCGCUUUACGGUUUAAGUGUUCCACAUUACAGAACAGGACACCCCUCCAUCAUUACCCCACAGUAA